AUUCAUAGCAGGGUGAUAGGUCACAAGUACAACAGCCCUCCUUAUGAAUCUAUUCUGCUUAUAGAACAAACUUCCGCUCCUGCCAACACACAGCAACGCCGAAAUUUCCCAGUAAAGUACUACUACCACUGCUACUACUAAUAUCACAUAGAGUGAUAAAUAAUAUUGGAAUAAGGUCUUCAUCUUGAAUUGUGACAAAAAGAAGUUGCUGCUAGACAGGAGAAACACAGCCCUAUGAGCCUUUUUUCCUUUUCCUUGUUCCUUUUUUUGUGAAAAAAGUGAUGUCUCAUCAAAGUGUCACAUCAGGGAAAAGAGCUAGAAGGUUCAUACCCGAACUCAUUGAAACAUCCACCCGCAGUUUUAAUGAUCACCGAUGGGAUCCAUCGUCUCCAGAAAACCCGUCUCAGACACAGAGCCGCCCAAUAUCAAACCUGCCUCCAGAUAGUCUAGCUGUACCCUGGAUUGAACCGGGGAAAUACGCCUUGUCACCUCACAAUCGUGCUCUGUCCAAUGACCCAGAUCCAAGAAAACUUGUUAUACACGAUCCGACCCUCGCCAAACCACAAUUGGGUAGGAAGCCUUCAUCAAAAGUUGUUUCGACUCGAGAGAGUGUGCAAACUAUCUUUGAGGGGUAUGCACCAAAUGACCAGAGAAACACAGCACUUUCAGGCCCACGAAAGUUUACACCUCAACUUGUUGAAACAGGAAAACAUUCAUUUCGGCGACAGGGCAAGCAACCUACUCCCCCCAAGGAACGCACACAAGAGAAACUAGCACAAGUGUCCUGCAAUCAUAAUAUAGUUGGUGAUUCUUCUACACAUGUCUUUACUAGCGCGUUAGCCGAAUCUCGAUUCUCUUAUACCAGCCUUCGACAGCGCCAGGAAACAAAAAGACACUCUUUUCGAGUACCUGAACUUCCAGCGAUUCCAUCGAGUUCCAGUGACGCGUCUGAUAUAUCCAGAUCGUCAUCUCAACCCGCAUCACCUCCUGUUCCCCUCCGCGAACCUGUGUUGGAGCUGGAAGCAACGCAAGUACAUCGCCAGACGGAGUACUCCGAAUAUGUACUUGCUCUCGCUGCGCAUUCGGCAGAAAGUCAACUGAAGGAACAGGCCCUUGCGGCUUUUCCAAACGAGCAAGUUUACCAGCCCGUAGAUCACUUCGCCAUUGAUAGGGAGGAGGAUUGUUCAAACGAGGAUGAGCUAUCAAUCCGCACUAAGGUGCCUCUAUCAUACAUUUACCGACGCGCGUCAUCUGCAGAUCUCCAUUGGGAGCUCGACUACAUGCGCAGACACAAAGAGGAAGCCGAGAUGUGCGAUCGUGCUAUGGCUGGGACCAAGGCGCCGCACUUUUCGCCUACAGCUUGUCGAACUUCUGGCAGAGCUGGACAAACAGAUCAUGUCCAUGAAAGCUGGGUCCCUGGUUCUGGAUCACCACAGGUCAAACAAUUCCUCAGCCCCCCAAUGCUUGGAUGUGAUCUUUUGUUUCCUCAAAGUCUGAGUCCCAAUACGACAGUAUGUGAGGGAAGCAACGUCGAACAUCUGUACACUCAUAAUGCAUUCCAUCAAUCUCCUGGGCUUUGGUAUUCCAACCAUCACUUAAAUGACGAUUAUUCUGAUGGCGGUCUUUGGAUGGGCACAUGCAAAUCCGACAUGAACGACUUUAAAUCUGAAGGCCCACGAUCAAAGGGAAGCUGUCCCGAAGACACUGGAGGUGGAUCGCGAUCCUCAAGCAGAUCUUUCUUGACAAAAUGCAAAAGUCGGCCAUUCAACUUUUAUGGUGAUUCCGAAAGGCCCAAGCACACAGAGUCGCAAUCCAGCUGUGAAGAAGUCCCCGAUUAUGAGUUGACUGACGGAUUUGUGACCCAGAUCUACAAUUAUUUGUCACUCGGUUACCCAUCUGUUGCUCGUUAUUACGAUCACGAGCUCAGUAGAGUAUCUGGAAUUGCUUUACAAGAUCUUAGGCAUGAUGAUCUGCAGACAGAUGCCAAGGGUUAUGUCAGCCUUUCAGAAGAAUGUCUAAAGGACCGAACAGUGGUGAUCAAUGGUUGCAUGCGUUGGUUGGCUCUACGCCUCUAUAUACAAGAGUGGGCUCAGAAGCGGCCUAUAAUUACUGCAGUGGAUAGCGACCAUGGAACAUGGGGGGUGUGUGAACGCAAGGGAAGUUGGGCCGUAUGACAAAGUUUAAAAAGUUGACAAAAACUAGAUGAAUCUAUAUGCUGUGAUUUCUUCCAAUGUAAUACAAGAGAGACUGCAAUAAUGGC